AAUAAUCACUAUUGAUUUUGCCCCAAUAUUCAAUGCCGCCCUAAAGAACAGCAUUUUUAACGUUAGUUCCAACUCACAACAUCCAGACUCUCGUUUUGUAGUUAGUUAGUUGUACAGUUAAUACAACGAAAAUGGAAAUUAAUGUUUUACACCCCGGCCGGGUCUCAGCAUGAACUUGCGCCAAGAAUGGAUUGUUUAUUUUUCGAGUUCGAUUUUGUUUCAUUUUCAUGCAGAGAACAAAGCAAUUCAUCUAGAGGAAAAAAAGAUAAUAAACUGGCGGGAGACAAUGUAGGUGUUUAAGGGAAAGAAUCCAAAACACGAGCCAGAGGCUACCUCAAAUAGAAUCGGGGUUCGUCUUGUGGCACACUGACUUAUGUAUGGGCAUGUGUACCUUUCCUUGACAGGGAUUCAAAGGUUUAAAAUAUUUCAAUCUCGAGUGUGAAAGGAUCGAGAAUUACUUCUUACUUCCCCUCUUCCUCUCGCGCAAAAAAGGAACUUGAAGGUUCCUAAAUCCGAACAAAUGAAAAUCAAUCGAAUUGUGCGUCUUAAAUUGUUAUUAAAAUACCAUUUGUUUAACGAGGGAAGCAGACAACAGUCUUACGACUGACAACCAGUCGUUUGAGGUUUCCAGAUAGAAUUGGAAUUUAGUAAUUUUGUUCUUUUCCUUCGAUCUGAAGAUACUCAAAUGAGUUGAACAGGACAACAACACCUUGGGUCUAAAGUUUUGGUUAAAAAAAUUCCGUGAACAUGGAAAUCCCCAAAGCAUGCCCCCCCGGUUCUGUCUACACACCGUUAUUUGAGUACUAAGUAAGUUAAUACACCAGGUAUAAAACAAUAUGUAAUUCCCGCAGCUAUUCGGGCCAUUGUCCUAUAUGUCUGAGUAAACGUUUUGGCAGAAGGCAGCCGGGGUCGUACAAAUCAGACUUGCUUUCUGUCGCAAAAUCAUUUGGUUGUUUGUGUCAUCGCGUGUGAAGGCUUUCUCUGGACAAUGAAGUUUAAAGAGUUCUUGUCAUUGUGCCUUGUCAUAGCAGCGUGGUGGACUGGCAUUGAGUCACAUCUCGCUUAUGAAGAGGAUAUUGAUGACAAUUUCGAUAUCGUGUUUCCUGAGAGACUUGAUAAAGGGCGCAUGAAGAGAGAUUUAACCACAGGAACAAAGAAUGGCCAUGACGAGCAGGCGUCUUUUAAAUUGAAAGCGUUUGGUAAAGAGGUUGUUGUCGACAUUCAUCUUAACAAGUUAGUUUCUACAUCGAAUUUUACACUUCGUUAUUUUAAUGAAGACGGAGAACUGGUCCAGCAACAGGAGGCCCCACCUAACUGCCAAUAUCAAGGUCACGUGAAAGGUCAAGAGGCGGAGUCAACUGUUAUUAUUGACACCUGCCAUGGACUCAGCGGAUUGAUCGAAGACGAAGAAGGACAAAUGUACAUCGAACCAUAUCCUACUAAGGGCAAAGGAGCACACAAGAUAUUUAAAACAAAAGAUGGCAAGUUGAAAAGAUUUUCAUGUGGAACCAUUCCAGGAGGAAAUGCUACUGCAAGGGAACGUAGAUAUUCACAGACAACAUCAAGGAGUAAACGAGAAGCAGAAGGGGAAGUGUAUAAGAAAUACUUGAAAACAACAAAAACUCGAUACACGGAGUUGAUGCUUAUCGUUGACAACGUCGUGUACAAGAAGUACAAGCAAGACAUCGCUGACGUCAAACGAAGAGUUUUCACACUUGUAAACGCCGUUGACGUAAUUUAUCAGAAAAUUAACAUUCGAGUUGUGUUAUCAGCAUUGGAAAUUUGGACGGACAAGGAUCACAUACCUUUCGUGAAGAAAGCCGGCGAAGAUUUGAGGAACUUUGAGAAUCAUCGCUUAAGCAACCAAGCUGGUGUGGCAUAUGACAGUGUUCAUCUUCUAAGGUGAGAAAAAGAGUGAAACCUCCUUCACUUUGUGUACGGUGAAUCACGGGUCGACAGUGUCGGAUCUGUAAGCGUAGGAACCAGGUAAAACUUUUUGGUCCUUACGUUACUAAGUGGUCUGGUUAAGCCAUUAGGUAUUUUAC